AUGCCCACCAACGGCCUCCACCAGGUGCUGAAGAUCCAGUUCGGCCUCGUCAACGACACUGACCGCUACCUGACGGCCGAGAGCUUCGGCUUCAAGGUCAACGCCUCGGCGCCCAGCCUCAAGCGGAAGCAGAUCUGGGUGCUGGAGCCGGACCCCGGGCAGGGCCCCGCCGUGCUGUUCCGCAGCAGCCACCUGGGCCGCUACCUGUCGGCCGAGGAGGACGGGCGCGUGGCCUGCGAGGCGGAGCGGCCGGGCCGCGACUGCCGCUUCCUGGUCCUGCCGCAGCCCGACGGGCGCUGGGCGCUGCAGUCGGAGCCGCACGGCCGCUUCUUCGGCGGCACCGAGGACCGGCUGUCCUGCUUCGCCACCGCCGUCUCCCCGGCCGAGCUGUGGACCGUGCACCUGGCCAUCCACCCGCAGGCGCACCUGCUGAGCGUGAGCCGGCGGCGCUACGUGCACCUGUGCCCGCAGGAGGACGAGAUGGCCGCCGACAGCAACACGCCGUGGGGCGUGGACGCGCUCGUCACCCUGAUCUUCCAGAACCGGCGCUACUGCCUCAAGUCCUGCGACAGCCGCUACCUGCGCAGCGACGGCCGCCUGGUCUGGGAGCCCGAGGCCCGCGCCCGCUACACGCUGGAGUUCAAGGCGGGCAAGCUGGCCUUCAAGGACUGCGACGGCCGCUACCUGGCGCCCGUGGGGCCCACGGGCAUGCUCAGGGCCGGGCGCAACACGCGGCCGGGCAAGGACGAGCUGUUCGACCUGGAGGAGAGUCACCCGCAGGUGGUGCUGGUGGCCGCCAACCGCCGCUACGUGUCCGUGCGGCAAGGGGUCAACGUCUCAGCCAACCAAGACGAAGAGCUGGAUCACGAGACCUUCCUAAUGCAAAUUGACCGGGAGACAAAGAAGUGCACCUUCUAUGCCAGCACCGGGGGCUACUGGGCCCUGGUCACCCAUGGGGGCAUCCAGGCCACAGCCACACAAGUCUCAGCCAGCACCAUGUUUGAGGUGGAGUGGCGUGGCCGGCGGGUGGCCCUCAAGGCCCACAAUGGGCGCUACGUGUGCAUGAAGAAGAACGGACAGCUGGCGGCCACCAGCGACUUCGUGGGUGAGCGCUCCCCGCCUGCUGGGCCCUCUUCUGCUGGGGGAGCCCUUGGCCGGAGCGGCCAGGCGCGGACAGGACGGCUCCCCGCAGGCCAGGACGAGGAGUUCGUCCUCAAGCUCAUCAACCGGCCCCUCCUGGUGCUGCGCGGCCUGGACGGCUUCGUGUGCCACCGGCGCGGCUCCAGCCAGCUGGACACCAACCGCUCCGUCUACGACGUCUUCCACCUGAGCUUCAGCGACGGCGCCUACCACAUCCGAGGCCGCGGCGGCGGGUUCUGGCACACGGGCAGCCACGGCAGCGUGUGCAGCGACGGCGAGCGGCCCGAGGACUUCCUCUUCGAGUUCCGCGAGCGCGGCCGCCUGGCCAUCCGCGCCCGGAGCGGCAAGUACCUGCGCGGCGGCGCCUCGGGGCUGCUGCGCGCGGACGCGGACGCGCCUGCGGGGUUCGCACUCUGGGAGUACUGA